CUGUUACUGGCUGUGUUAUACUUUCAAAUAAUGUCGAUGGAGUUGACAUGGAUGAUCUAAAAGACACGGGCACAACUUCUGAGACUGGAAUGAAUGGAGUCUCCGAAGUUAAAAGUUCUGGUGAUAUUAGCAUCGUGAAUCAGGUUUUGGAAAUGGAUGAUAAGAUGGAGGAUGUUAGAGAGGAGGCUGAAAAGGAGAAAAUUAAAGAUAAAGCAAAGAAGAAGGAAGAGAGUAAGAAAAAGAAGGAAGUUAAAGAAGAGAAGGAAGCUAAAGAAAAGAAAAGGAAGGAGGAUAAAGAGAAGAAAGAGAAAGAGAAGAAAGAGAAAGAAAAGAAGAGGCAGGAGGAUGAAGAGAAGAAAGAGAAAGAAAAGAAGAGGAAGGAGGAUGAAGAGAAGAAAAUGAAGGAAGAAAAGGAAAAGAAAAGGAAGGAGGAUGAAGAGAAGAAAAAGAAAGAAGAUAAAGAAAAGAAAAAAAAGGAAGAAAAAGAAAAGAAAAGGAAGGAAGAAAAAGAAAAGAAAAGGAAGGAGAAUGAAGAGAGGAAAAUGAAGGAAGAAAAAGAAAAGAAAAGGAAGGAGGAUGAAGAGAAGAAAAUGAAGGAAGAAAAAGAAAAGAAAAGGAAGGAGGAUGAAGAGAAGAAAAAGAAAGAAGAUAAACUCAAGAAUAGGAUGGAUGCUGGUAAAGUGAAAGAGGGGGAUAAGGUGGAGUGGAAGACUGUGAAAGAGAAGACGUAUGUGGAGGAAGGCACAAAGAAAGGUAAGAAGAAGGAAUUGGAUGAUGAUAAUGACAGUGAUGAGGAAAGUGGAGAUACCGGAAGUUCUAGUGAGGGAGAAAGUGCAAAAGAACAACCCAAAGCUAGUGAAAAAAAGAAAAGUGCACUUAGCUCCAGUGACGAAGAUAGUGAUAAUGCAAAACCCAAAGCUAGUCGUAAGAAAAAUAAGAAAAAAGAAGUCAAGGAACCUCCAAAGAUAGAUUUUCAAGUUUUGAGAUGGUCAGCUGUUGAUGAAAAUGUUAAGGAGAUUUGUGGCAAGUCUCAAGGUCUAGAGCAUCACAAAUUUUAUGUUUCGUCUGAGGACUUAGAUACUGCCAAAGCUGCUAAAAAUGCUUCUGUUUUCUCCAAGUCACUACUGGCGGCUGCUUUCACAGAUGAAGCGCUAUACAAAUGUAGCGUUUCAGGUGGCCAAUAUCGGGCUGGGGGAAGGGAGAACAUCACUCAAAAACCUGCCCUCCCAGCCAAUGUCAUAUCUGUCAUAGUUGGUAAGUGCAUGUUCAAAAGAUAUUAAUUCUCAGUAAUAACUAUUGUACAUUUUAUAUGAAAUAAAAUUACUUUCUGUUACAGAUGUUGCCCUGCACCGCCAGAAGGCCAAGGGCU